AAAAGCAGUAAUUAACUAUCGUAUUCAUUGUUUCAAAGUAUUAUCAAUAUUUCGUGAUUAUAUGCAUCGUAUUAGAAAUUAUAGAGCGCUGAAAAGUAAACUAUGCUAUCGAAUAGUCAUAAUAGUGGUAUAGGCAAGUAGAAUGAAAGCACUAGGAGACUAUGAGAACAAAUUCCUAAAUAGUAGAGAACGCACUAUGGUUGCUUGUGGUAUCGAAUUGAUUCCCUAGUUAUUGAGCUUUGAUUUUGAUUAGUUGGCGUGACUCAACUGGAUUUAUGUCCAGUUGAUUUAGUAGUCCCCUAGGUGAGAUCUGACGGGAUACUUUUGUCAUUGGGCGUCGGGCGGCCGAUACCGCCCCUUGACCGAGGUGUUACCAUGCAGGCCUUGCAAACCCCAAUAUGAGCUCAUACUUUGCCAUGGGCACCGGGUGGUCGAUAACGCCCUUGGCUGUGUCACUGCCAUGAAUAGAAAAAAAAUCCACUACUUUUGAAUAUACUUCGAGGGAUUAGUAGUUGAAAGAGAAAUCAUGAGUAAAUAUAAGUGUUUAGUAAUUAUAAGUGUUUAGACAGAUAAGUAGCUUCGUUAUUGUUGUGCUAUGUCGUCGUCUAUCUCCUUGUUUUAUGAAUCUAAUUGUUAUAAGUUCAUUGAUUACUGACGUAUAUCUGUUUGUUGUUGUUUGUUCAUGACUCUCUAUGAUGUUCCUGCUAUGAUACAUUUGGCGAUGGUCAUUAUGUUGAGCAACAGGAGGAUCAUAGUUUGACAUAACAGGUAUAGGAGCUUCUUUUGCAUUACACACGGGGGAAAUGAGUGAGAAUCUUGAAGAGUACAAUAAUCUUAUUGCCUACGUCGCUAGUCGUUAAAUGAGGGGACUGAAUGAAACGGGUUUGCUGUGUGGGCGUUGUGAACCGUCAAGUUUGAAAAUUAAAAGCAAUCCUUAGCGGCGGGAGACAAAUUAGUCUUUCUCAAGUUUGAAAAUGGAUCUUCGCAGUCGAAUUUGCGAUAUUUCCAACUUUCUCACCAAUUCUCGUGCCAAUUCCGCCGAUGAACACAAGUUGCUUCAAGAUUGCUUUCAAGCUAUACAGACCGAUUUUAACCAAAUUGUUGCUCAUCACUCAGAUGUUGCAUCUUUUAAUGAUCAAGACCUAGAUGCAUACAUAGAUCGUUUGAGAGAUGAGAUGAGGAAGACGGAGGCUGAAACUGCUUCCCUAUCUGAUGAAAUUGAUAGUCUUAGAAAAUUGUAUGUUGAAGGUUCUUGUCAUUUGGAAGCUAAUCUUGAGUCAUUGCGCAAUGUUGUGGAGAAGGCUGAAUUGGAGGGACUAGGGCAAGCAGAAACAGGUGAUGUUUUUAACUCUAGGCAAGAAGUGAAGCCAUAUCAUGAUGACUACUUUGAGGUCUUAAAGCUGAAAUACCAAAUUGAGAAGAAUGAUAGGACAUUAAAGUCUUUUCAAAAUCUAGACCUCAACUUGAAGAGGAUUGAGGCUUUAGAAAACAUUGAAGAAGCAGUAACUGGUUUGAAGGUGAUUGACUUUGAAGGAAAUAUUAUUAGGGUGUCAUUGAGAACAUAUAUUCCAGUUGUUGAAGGUGUCAUGUGCCAACUGAGUGUUGAAGAUGAUAAUAUCAAGCUGUCUGAAGUUAACCAUGAGUUGUUAAUGGAGCUCAUAGAUGGAACCAUGGAGCUUAAGAAUGUUGAGAUUUUUCCUAAUGACGUAUUCAUAACAAAAAUUGUUGAAGCUGCAAAGAUCUUCAGCAAGCUAUUUUCAGUGUUGUUGCUACCUCAGACAAGAACCUCCUUGGGAUGGUUUUUGCAGAAAGUCCAAGAUAGAAUUGUCAUGUGCACAGUAAGACAUGUUAUGGUGAAAAUUGCUAAUAAAUCAAGGUAUUCAUUUGAGUAUUUUGAUAAGGAUGAGUUAAUCAUAGGUCACAUUGGUGGGCUAGAGGCCAUUAUAAAGCCUUCUGAUAAUUGGCCAUUAUCCGUUUCUGCAUUGAAGCUAGUCUCUUUCCGGAGUUGUGAUGAAAAUGCUAAUGAAAUUUCUUCAUGUUUGCUUUCCAAAGUUGAGGAGGCAAAUUCUUUCGACCUUAAUACACGGAAAAGCAUAACAAAUUUUGUAGGAGGCAUUAUUGAGAUACUUCCUGAACGAAUUCGUGAAGAACUCCAUAUCUAAUACUUGCCUCAAAUUUGUGUAGUUUCUUCCUUUUUUAACCUCCAUACUCUGUUUUGAAGGUGCAGCUUGUUUAAAAUGUCCUUUAUACACUUUUGCUCCUUUCAAAGGCCCUUAUGAUUAGAUAGUCGGCCAACACUAUCGUUUGUGUUUUAGUACUUAUGUACUAUUUUGUUUUGAGAUACAUUGUUCGUACAUAAUGUGAUAACUAACCCUUGAUUUGUAGA